UGAAAGGUGAGCAGCACAGGGAGAAUGGAAGCGGCUGCUACUGCGGUUUUUGGUGUCGCUGCUCCGCCUUUGCAUUGAGGGGGAAGAGGAGGAAGCCUUUCCUGGCUAGCCGUGCGUGAGCAUAGAGCCUAGAGGUAGUUCUUUGCUGUCGGAGCAAUGGAGAUGCAAUCUUACUACACCAAACUCUUGGGAGAGCUCAAUGAGCAGCGGAAGAGGGACUUCUUUUGUGACUGUAGCAUCAUUGUGGAGGGGAGGAUUUUCAAAGCCCACAAAAACAUUCUGUUUGCCAACAGUGGUUACUUCAGAGCUUUGCUGAUCCACUACAUCCAAGACAGUGGCCGACACAGCACUGCUUCCCUGGACAUUGUUACAUCAGAGGCCUUCUCAAUUAUCCUGGACUUCCUUUAUUCAGGGAAGUUGGAUCUUUGUGGGGAAAAUGUGAUUGAAGUUAUGUCUGCAGCCAGUUACCUGCAGAUGACUGAUGUUGUCAACUUCUGCAAGACAUACAUCAGGUCGUCACUGGACAUCUGCAGGAAAAUAGAGAGAGAAGCUGCUUUUUAUCAGGCUGACAGUGGGAGCUCUAGUUCUGCUCGAGAGGGCACGUCGUAUGGGGCAAAGAGCCAGUGCUCAGUGUCAGUUUCAUCUCUGCAGGAGAAAGAGAGGGUUCCAGAUUGCCAGCGAGACCCUCCCUGCGGGGAAUGUUGCAGCUGCCACCCCAUUCAGCUUGUAGUGCGGGACCCUGUGAGCAGUGACUCUCCAGAUGACACAAAUUCUUCACUGCCCAAAGUGGUAGAACCCAAAGUAGAGUUUGAUGCCGACGAAGUGGAAGUAGAAGUUGGCGAGCGACUACAGCAGUACCCAACACCGCUGACGAUUGAGCAGAUAGAGGAGGGGCUCCAUAGUGGCCAGGCCAUGGACCUGGCAUGCAACAACUAUCACAUGAAGCAGUUUUUAGAAGCUCUGCUGCGCAACAGUGCAGCCCAGAGGAAGGACGAUGUGGUCCAUCAUUUUGUCCGCGGGUUUGAGGGUAGGCCAGAGGAUGCAGGAGUGCCCAUGAGUUCCAUGGUGGACAUUCACAAUGACUGGUAUGGAGAGGAUGCAGGUGAUGUGCUGGUCGUGCCGAUCAAGCUGCACAAGUGCCCAUUCUGCCCAUACACGGCCAAACAGAAAGGGAUCCUGAAGCGGCACAUCCGUUCGCACACGGGUGAGAGGCCUUACCCAUGUGAGAUAUGCGGCAAGCGCUUCACACGGCAGGAGCACCUUCGGAGUCAUGCUCUGAGUGUCCAUCGGUCAAACAAGCCAAUCAUCUGCAAGGGCUGCAGAAGAACGUUUACAAGCAGCCUGUCCCAAGGCUUGCGCCGCUUUGGAUUGUGCGACAGCUGCACUUGUGUCACAACUACGCACGAGGAUUCGAUGCCCAUUAACCUCAGUCUGAUGGAACCUUCAUCUGAAGGCCAAGAAAAGAGCGACCCAGACAACGAUUGGCCCAUUUAUGUGGAAUCUGGUGAUGAAAACGACCCCCCUGAAGAUGAUGAUGCUGACCCAGAUCCUGACGACAAGCAGGAUCUCCACCGAGAAGCACUUAUGUAGCAUCAAAAAGAGGGUGGGGAGAUGUAAAUUCUUUUUCUUAUUUGAUUUGUCAUCUUGACAGCCGGAAAACUGCAUAUUUAUCCCAAGUUGUGAAGUUUGUGGGUUUUUUUUUAUAUAUGAAUAAAUUCCAUUUCCUAGAACAGGUAGGAACAACUGGACUUUUAAAAUUCUGGAAUGUCUUUUUAAGUUGUUAGUGCUGUGCGCUACACCUUUGAAAGGAAUUGUGUUUCUGGGCUGAGCAGAGGCUAUGUUCCUUGCAGACCUUCUUCCACCCUUUGGAUACGAGGCCAGGCUUUGUCCUUUUAUUGUCAGUAAUCUUCCAUGUUCCUAUGAUCUUGUCUCUCUUCCCCCCUAGCCCACCCAGUUUCUGCCUCUCCCUCUCCCUCUCCUCUCAGGAUCUGGGUCUCAAACUUAAUUCUGAGCUGCUGUUCUCUUUCCUGGACUUUUAAUUCUACCUUAGAAAUGUAGAUGAGGACUUGAUCAAUGCAAACAAGGCUAAAAGUCCACUACCAUUAAAGCAUAUCCAAGAAUGAACAGUUAUGUAUACAUAAAUCUAGAAAUGGCUCUUUGUAUACAGUAUAUUUUUUACUGUACGUUUAUAAAAACUAAAUAUUUACACUUCUGUUCAUCCUCAAGAAACUUGCGAGGAAGGUAGUCAGGCAGCAGAUAAACAGUUUGCAGACUUCUGUAGCAACCUUCUUGAGGGUCUGAGCCAUUCAACGAGGCACUGACCGUUUUUGUAGUGCUUGAACUGGGAAAGGCCUUUCAGGGUUAGGCCAUAUAUCUACUACAAGCCUCAUACGGUACUUUUGACGUAUUUUGAAGUGGGACCAUAACUCAAUGGUACAGAAAGCCCCAGGUAGGAUCCUGGCAACAUCUCCACCUAGAAGGAUCAGGUGGUAGCAGCAGGCAGUAGGGGGGGGGGGAGUCACUGACUGAGGCCCCACCCUGGAGAGGAACUUCUGCUGCUGUCACAAAUCAGCAUAAAAAAUAAUGGGCUGGGUGGACAUACCUUCCUAUGAAUUAGAGUAUUUUUGCUACUGAUCUGUCUGGAGACAGUUCCAGCACACAAUCUGUUAAACAUUUAUUUAAGUAAUUACUGGAGACGAUCUUUUCAUUGCGCAGGCCCCAUUUUUUUCAUUAAGAACAAAACAAAACAAAACCAGCAUGCCUGCGUGCCUUUAAUGGACUUGCAAAAUCGCACCUGCUUAUAUCUCUAAGCACCAGGAGAGCAGACAUGGCAGCAGCAGGAAGUCCCUCACAAUGAGGGGAAAUGUGAGAGGGAUAAAUAUAAAACCCUGAAGAGGAUCUCAUGAAAUGCCUGAGAGCUGGCCAUACAGAUGCUUGUUGGAAUUGCAAGAAUCUCAGUUUCCUCCCCCUCAUUUAAGCAACAAACUACUCAAGGCUAUAAGAACACCAGAGUUCUGGUCAUUGUAGAUGGCAUGAAUUGCCCCCUUCUCAAAUAACCAUACUCAUGCAAUUAUUGUAAAAAAUGUGAAUAAGCAAGGAAGCUGGCCGCUCUUCUGCUUAUACGACUUCUCUGACGUAGCCCCUGUGCUCUGACUGUCCUACAAACCCCCACCCACCCCCUGUAUAUGUUCCUGCUACUUGUACAGUCAGUUGGUUGUAUUUGUUGAUCAUUGUGGUUUCUACAUUUGUACUGUCUUAUGAAUUGGUCUUGAGUACUAUUCCUUGUUAAAAAUUUCAGCUUGGGCUCCACCCUUUCCCUGCUGAAUGGCAGGAAUUUGGCUUGAAGGAUGUGAGGUUACUUGUUUUACUUUUCUAGUGCUGAAUCUCUCUAGGCUAUUAAACUGGCUGGAAAACUGUGAAAUGUCUGUAGUCACAAGAUAAUGAAGAUACCAAAACAAUUCAGUUAAAAUCAAGGUGCAUAACUGUACAUGCCCAUUCAUAGCCAUCUUGGUCAUUUGAAAUAUUUGGGAUUAUACCUAAACCUGCUUACCUGAAUGACAAUGGCACACUCAGGUUGGCCACCAGUCUUACAGGUCUGCCUUAAUGAGGCUGGUGUUCCUGUUCUAUGUUGGGCAGCUCUGAUACGGACCGUCUUGCAAACAGCAUUCUGUCUAAUUUGUGAUGCUUGAUGGAUUAUAUUAUCUUUUAACAUGCAGGCAGGUUUCUCCCCCCUGCUUCUUCUUGAAUAGAAGGUGUAAAUUCUCUUGUGCAUUCACAAAACACUACUGUAGAAGGGGUUAUGAUGUCAUAAAUGUAGCAUUUUUAUAUCAUGAGAUUGUGCAGGAUGAAACAAGGCAAGGAAAGAAGCAAUAAUCUUUUUCUAAAAAGAAGUUGUUACUGUAUAGCAAAAAAUAUAUAAAAAAUUUACAAUAGGCUCCCAUUUUCCUGAAAAGAACCAAGGCUCUGAAGUGCAAAGUCCUGAGACCACAUUUGUGAGGUGUCUUUCUGAAUAGGUGAGACUUGCAUAGUUAUUGGAAAACACAGUGAGGGGGGAUGUAAUCUGAGCUUUCAGAAAAUUGGUCUUGAGAAACAAUUUGAAAGGUUCAGCCUUGAAAGUUAGCAAUGGCUUUCCCCAAAGCUGAGCAUAAGCAGUUGAAGAUGUUCUUGGACCUCUAAUGAAUGGAGUUGCUCAUUAAAUUCAGGUUAGGGACACAGUUAGUGCUCCUAACUCAGUCUUUGCCAACCUGGUGCCCUCCAGAUGUUGGACAACAACUCAGCAUGUACAGCACAGUGUGUUGGCUGAGGCUAGCUGUAAUGCAACAUUUGGAGAGCCCCAGGUUGGUGAAGGCUAUUCUUAACCCAUUAGCUCAGAGCAUUUGAGAUACUUGCUCCUUUCUGUCCUCAUUCGGACGGCUUAUCACUUUGUUUUGAGUUCUUUAGAAACCACCGAAGACUUGUGAUGCCCAAGAUUUGUAAUGGCUUGUGUGCUAAAGCUGAUCUGAGUGGCUUUUCACACAACGCAUCCUGGAGGUGCAUAAGCAGAGCUAGGAGGAAAUGGAUGGUCCACUCUUCUAGAUUUGAGAGAUGCGGAUUACUUUUAGGAUGCUUCUUUUGAUCCUUAGAGGUUUUCUUGUGUACCUUGUGAGUAAAGAAUGAAUCUGUUAACAUUUUUGUCUUGUGGGGGUUGGGGUGGAACAGAUUCCAAUCUCAUUCCUGUUAGGAGACUGCCAAAAUAAGAUUUCUAAUUGUUUUCAAGUGGAUCCUGUGUGUCAUCUUGUGUUUAAUUGAAAAUGAUGCACUUGACUUGCUCAUCUGCGGCAGGUGUUUUGUAAGUGUAAUACAUGCUGUGAUUCUAGCUCAGUUCCAUGAUGUUUCCUUGGAACCCUCCAUUAAAAGUGUGCAAGCAAAAGAGAUACAGCAGUUCUAAGAAACAAUUUCAUGGUGCUUAAAGAAGAAAUUGAAAGCCACCUGAGCUUGCCAUAACUAAUUUUGCAGAGGGGGUUUCGUUUCCCUCCCCCAAGUGUAAUUUCCCUGGUUUCCCCCUCCUCCUACAUAAAUAUGCAGUUGGUAUAUUAAUGGCACAUUGUACUGCUAGGUAAACUUCUUGAUCUUGCAAUCUUACUCCUGGCCUAAAUGUUCAUACUUGGAAUUAAAUCCCAUUGAUUUCAGUGGAAGUUGCUUUUUAAGCAUUUAUGGUGUCUGCCUUUCAGAAAUUCAUAUGCUUGAUUUUGUUAACAGUGAAUGGUAACUUUAUAGCCAUAAGCCCUUUUAAAACAUUUUUAUAAUAAUUUAAUAAUAAUUCAUUUUACAAAUGAAAUGUUGUGAUUAGGACCAAUCUAAGAAUAUAAACAUAUAUUAGAAAUUAUGACUCCUUAGGGAAAUCCUCCUUUAAUUUAUGAAGUUUUAAUCAAGGACUGCAAGCUAAAUGGAAGCAAAAAUGAAUUACUGUAAGUAAACAGAAAGGAUAUUGGCUGAAUUUCAAGCAGGCAGCUCAAUGUUCUCACAUGCUGCACAUGAUAUGACUCUUCCUGUCAUCUGUAUUAACUUGAUUCUGUUCUGCAGGGAACCUAUUGAAAUCAAUUGGACCAAUGCAACAAUGGAUUGUGUGUGAAUUUCUGAAAGUGCAGUCAUACCACAGCUUGGAUUUGUUGUAAGUGGAUGUACUGACACAGCAACAUAGAAAAGCCCUGCUGGAUCAGGCCAAAGGUCCGUCCAGUCCAACAUCCUGUUCUCUCAGCGGUCAACCAGAUGCCUGUGGAAAUCCCACAGAUAGGAGCCAAGUGCAAGAGCAACUCUCCCCACUUGUAAUUUCCAGCAAUUGGUAUUCAGAGGCAAACCAUCCUGGAAGGUGGUACACAGCCAUUUAUGGCUCCAUGAGUUUGUCUAAUCCUCUUUUAAAACCAUCCAUGUCGGUGGCUAUUGCUAUAGUUUUAACUGUGUCCUGGGGGAAGAAGUACCACCAUCCGUGUACAGGUUACUUUAUAUAGCUUCAUAAGGAAAAUAUUUGUAAAAGCUGCUCUGUACUCCCAACGAGCUUGCAAAAUCCUACGUAGAACAGAGCAAGGCUAGGGAGAGACAAGGCUAGGGAGUGACGAAUGCCAUGAUUACAGCUCGAGCACAAAGCUCUUUUUAAAAAAAUUCCCUCAAAGAAAGAUGCCACAUUCUUAGUUGGUCAGGUAAGAGCUUGCACAUAACUUAGUCAUAUGCGCUUCAUUGGCAGCAGGUGUUAUUCGCACAUGUAGUUCUGAUGUGUGGAUGCACCAAGAGCUGGGGGUCUUCUGUUUAACGCAGUCGGCGACAGCUCUGUGUACACAUUUCCACUGCAUGCACGGAGCUGCAACUGAUAUUACAGGGAAUGGAGUGACUCUUAUUUCCCCAAAGCCUGUGGAGCUUUGGACUGGAAUAUGGCCCAUUAGACCUGUAAAUUAUAAACAACUUGGAGGCCAUGUUGGCAUAUAAGGGGUUAUAUAAAUAAUAAACAAAUAGUAAGAGGGCCAAAGGGGUAAGAAUUAAAGUGGUCUUGGUGGUAUGCAGGGAAACGACCUGAUCUGAUUGCUUUCUUAACAUACUGUACCAUACCAGGUCUCAAGAGACUAAUCAGAACUGCGUGUUUAUCUGUGGGUCCCUAAAGGGAAAGUAGUACUGAAGUGCCAUCACUGCCUGCCUAAUUUCUGGUGUCUCCUUUCUGAUGUUUGACUUGUGUCAGGGUAGAUCAGAAAUAAACCAAAGUUGAGAAUCUGCAGAGACCGCCACUAUAGCAGCUAUUUUUAUUUUGUCUUUUUCUUCCCGGGGAGGCGGGAGAAACAAAUAUGAAGUGCUUUUGUAAUUUUGUUUCUGCAGUGGUGCAUUAUCAAGUCUUGUAUGUUUAAACUGUUUAUGUACUAUACAUGUUUAUAUAACUGUAGUCCAGUUCUUUUAUAGCUGAAAAUGUGAAAAAAAUAAAUAUCAAAAUA